AUGUCAGCCCAUUCUUAUCAUAUUCCCGUGAAUAAAAUCGUCUCUCAAACACGAAAGACAGAGCCAGUAACGACCAUAGUCUCAACCUCACCUCCAAACGUCGCGGCUAAAACAAUACACCCAUUACCAUCAACAACAAUAGCGCACCUUGAAAAUAUUUUUGAAGCGGUCAAGAAACAGGUUGCUAUCUGGGGGGAACACGCGAGAUGGAAAAUCGAUCUGGUCUUAUUGCCAGACGAAGAAUCCGAGACGCAGAAUCAAAUAGUUGGAGGUCCUGCACCUAUAAAUCCAGCGAGUCCAAGCUUAGGUCUUCAUUCACCCAUCAGUGAAAAUACACCAUCGUCAUCAAAUGCAGCUCAAGAUUCAAAGAACCAAAUCCAAGUAACGAAUCCAAUAGAGACAGAUGUUUUUAGAGAAAAUGAUAUUCAACCAUUUUCCAUGUUAGAAGAGGAUGGAAUAGAGAAACUUGAUCUUGAAAGUGCGAAACGCAUGAUACGAGAAGCUAUGCAUUACAUUCGCGAAUUUGAAACGAUGUUAGAUAAUUCUACUCGGGAAUACGCGGAAAAGAUAAAGGAUGCAAAUAAUAAACUAAAAAAAGCCAACGAUCAUAUUGAAGGAAUGACAAAGUAUCAUAUAAUGAGGGAAAAGGAGAAGAGCAGUAAGCACACCAUAGAAAUACAAUUGUUACAAGAAGACCUUAAAAUACUCAGCCGAAAACUUAAAGAGGCAAAUGCACAAUUGGCGGAAUCUCGGGCCAAGCAGACAAGUUUACAGCAGGAGCAGGAUAUUCGUAAAGAGCGUUCAGGACAAAAGGAGAGAAGAAGUUCACGGAAAAAAAUCACGCAACCGCAUAGUCCAUCAAAACAAGAAAGGGUAGGCCAGAUAGUUGAAUAUGUUCCUCAACAGCAAACGAACGGAUAUGUAACAUACAAUUUUCCUUACAACAAGAAAUCUGCAAAGUCAUUUCAGAUGACACACCUAUCAUCACCCGAACAAUAUAAGCUGUCACCAUCAUCAUCGUCCACAGUACAUAACAGGAUAAAUUAUCCUUCGAUGUAUUCUAUGCCACCAAUCUCUGGUCAUCCUAUGUUUGCCGCACCUCCAAUUCAACCAGUUCAAAAUGGUUCUAUAUACAAUAAUCGAGUUUUAUAUCCUACCUAUACUUUCCCACAAUCAAUUGGAAGUCAACCGACAUAUCCAAUGCAAUUAAACGACCCUGUACCAAAUCAAUCCACUGAGCUUUCAUUUUCUUCGAUGCAAAUGAACACACAAACAGUGUCAUUCCCGUAUUCGUCAAUGCGAGUAACAGACCAUACAGAUCACUCAGGAUUGGACAACCUCUCGUUGGCUGCUGAAUUGAUCUUGUCUUCGGCUGUUUCAGAGAUUUCGUCGAAGACGCACAAUAAUGAACAGAAUGCUGCCUCCAACGUUGCACACGGAAGAUCGGAAACUCGUGAAGAAAAAAGUGAGGCUAGCAAAUAUGCAAGCACCAGUUCUCAUAAUUUACACGAGGAUCAAAAUUCGAACGCUAAGGCUGAUGCUUCGAUAAAUGGCCGCCGAAGUAAGGCCAGCAUGCACGAGAAUGAUGAUUCGUUGAAGAGAUUCCUGUAUACAUCCGAAUCAAUAACGCUACGUAAUAAUAAUGGAAGACAAGCAUAUCAGACUGUUUCUCACGAACUAGAUGGACAAUCAACGUCGACUCCUGUGUCAGGAACACAUGAGGAUGAACGACAAUUAAAUUGUUUUAGGAACGAAGACGAAAGUGAUUUGAUGGAAACCGAUGAAAAUGUUCAAGAGGAAGAGGGUGAUGAUGGAGGGAAUAACGUAGAUGUUUCAUCCAAUUCCACCUUUGACAACGAGUCUGAUGAUACACCAAGUCCAUCACCGAAGACGCGGUCGAUAUCUCCCAACCGGGUUCCCCCUGUUCGCAUAUGA